AGACUCUCUACACCGGGUGUGCUCAAUGGGAGACAUUUCUGGUCUGAAGAAGAAGAGUCUUGCUGCAGAGUUGGAGCCGUCUGCUACCAAGCGAACAGUAGGUUUUCAUCUGUGAAGAUACCGAUGGUUGACAACAGGAAGAUUUUCAACUUUGUGUAAGUUCAUAAGGACGGAAUGGAAUCAGCAAGAACCGUAUAUCCAACUUCAAGGCACAUUGCUCUUUAUGGAAAUACUAGCUUUGUGCCUAUGGAUGGCGUUAAUAAUACUGGACUAAAUGGAUCUUCCGAAAAUGGAUCGGACUUCUUAUUGUCGGCUGAACAUCCGACAUACUUAAAAGUAACUCUAAUACUUCUAUACGCGGUUAUAAUAGUUCUUGCCAUUGGGGGCAACAUACUGGUAUGUUACGUCGUGAUUGCCUACCAGCGCAUGCGCACAGUGACUAAUUACUUUAUAGUUAAUCUAGCUAUAGGAGAUAUCCUAAUGGCGGUGUUUUGUAUACCAAUGACUUUCGUUGCUAACAUUCUCCUACAGUACUGGCCUUUUGGUCCAUUCCUGUGCCCAGUGGUUUUGUACAUACAGAUAGUUUCAGUAUUCCUCAGUUCAUUCACACUCGUUGCCAUUAGCCUUGAUAGAUUCCGGGCCAUAAUUUUUCCUCUUAGCCAAAGAUUGUCCACAAAACAAGCCAUAUUUAUCAUAUGUGUGAUAUGGUUCAUGUGCCUAGCUGUAGCUUUGCCGACACCUGUGAUGUCACACCUGGAUGAAUUCAGUCGCUGUUACGAGGACUGGUACAAGCGCAGCAUGGAAUUUCACUACACACUGUGUAUAAUGAUUCUGCAGUAUUUUUUGCCUUUGUUUGUGCUUACUUUCACAUACUUAUGUAUUGGCAUUGUGACUUGGGUUAAGAAGCCACCGGGAGAGGCAGAAGAUGGUAGGGACCAACGGAUGGCUGCCUCCAAACGAAAGAUGAUAAAGAUGAUGAUCACUGUAGUAUCCUUGUAUGCUAUAUGCUGGCUGCCGCUUCACGCCAUCACUCUUGCGAGCGACCUUCACCCAGACAUAUUUUACUACGAACAUUACAGCAAGAUCUGGAUUGCGAGCCACUGGUUGGCAAUGAGCAAUUCGUGUGUCAAUCCAAUUGUUUACUGUUGGAUGAACACCAAAUUUAAAAACGGAUACAAAUACGCUCUACGGAUGUGUCUUUGUCUGAAAGCGGAUACUCACAUCGUAGAGGAGAGGUCGAGGAUUAUGUUACAUGCAGGUGCUCACCAACCCUACUAUCGCGGAAGAACCAGUUCUAAUUUGUCUACAUGUAGGGGCGCAGCCACCUCAACGUGUAAUAUCAGUCCACCGAGAAACAAUACUGCGUCUUUUUCACAUGUAUCGAACCGUCAUCCUCACAAGUGUUCGUUAAAGGUUUACUUAACCAGGAGUCCCAGUGCUGAGAGACAUACUGGAAGACCAUGGAAUAACGCCAGUGCACACUGA